UAGCAGCGGCAAUUUUUUAGUGAUCAAAAUAAUAAACAAGAUUCCCGUUUAUAAAAUUUUCCACCACCGUUUCCUUCGCUAUAUUACCGAAAUGGACGAUAUUAAGCAGUUGUUGCAGCACAAUGGUCUUCAGUAUGUGUUGUCAGAGUCGAGCUCCGCCAGUGAGAGCGAAGAAAGCACAAUUUCAGCUUUUAAAAUCGGGCAAAAGGUUGACCAGCAAGGUCGUAUGCCAACCAGACGGCCCAACCCGAAUGUGCACAACAGAAACGCUUUGUUAGCACGGGAAAAUCGUCGCAAGAAAAAGGCACAUUUAGAGGCAAUGGAGAAGGAGUUGGAGGAAGUGCGGGCGGCAAACAAGCAUCUUAAGAAGGCUUUGAAGCAGCAAAUGAAAGCAGUUGAACAACUCCAGCGGGAGAAAAGGUAUUUUCAGAGCGUUAUAACAAAUCACAAAGAAAUAGAGAAUCUUAUUAAAGCUCUGAAUGUUCGAAUGCAUGUGCAGCAGUCGUCGAAUGCGAAUUCACCGAUGUUGAGUUCUCCUGGGUAUGGAGACAGUUCUCCAUCAUCAAACAUUUCGCAGCAUGUAGCCAACAUGGACAAGGGUUUACAAAAUGACGACUUCGUUCGAAAUCCUCUUUAUACAUCGGAUAUUUCAAAUAAUGAUCUCGUUACAUCGUCUAUUUGUAAUGAUACAUGGUCCGAUAUCCUCGAUGAAGAUUUUCAAACGGCAGACCUGGCACAAUUAACAACGGUUACAAAUGAACACAGUUACGCAGAAUUAGGACAAAUGAUUUCGUCAAAUAGUACAGGAGAAGAUGCGGGCAUUUGUUUACAUAUAAGGCAAGGGGAAAUUUCUCUGGAAUUCUGCCCUAGUUGCAGUUGGAAUGCAAAUAAUAAUUCCACUGCAAACAUUUUGCAGAAUUAAUUUUUGUUAUUAAAACUUUGUUUUUACUUUUAGCGAUACGUAGUAUUUAUAAUGAAUAUUUGAAUCUUUAAUUAAAUGUAAGAAGGAUUUGGAGUACAUAAAAUAAUAAGCUCUUGACUGGCACAAGACUUUUCAGCUCCCAAGCUUGUGGAACUUGGUAAAAUUAUAAACAUUUGAUAUUGUAUUCACUAUUUUUUCAACGAGUUCUAGUCGGAAGAAUUAUAGCUGUAUAUUUUGUAGGAAAUUGAAUUGAGAGCACCUAAAUUUGAAAUAUAAACAUACAUAUGUAUAUAAAAGGACUUUUGAACAGUAUACUACUUAUUGAACCUUACUUUUAUACCCUUGCACAUUUGUGCUUAGGGGUAUUGUAAUUUGCUUCACAAAACGCUUGUAUGUAAAAUCCUAAAAUAGUCGAGAUAUAAUAGACUAGUACUUAGUCUUGCCAUAAAUUCUGUGACAAAUUUUACGAUGCAUAUGGAAGAA